GUUAUCGAGUAUUUCAAAAAAACAGUUUUUACUUCCAAAAAAAAAAAUUAAAUAUUCUGAAUCCUAGUUUCUUGUUUAAAUAUUUAAAAUGUUUUCAAAAACCGUGAUACAGAUUUUUUGCGUGGCAUUUUAUUUUUUGCAAUGUCAAGGUGCUGGCCCUACUAAACAACAACUUGAAAAAAUAACAAAAAUAGUCAGUGAACAUCACAAGCCGAGUGGCCUGCACUACGAAGAUUUAUUAAUUGUUUUUGACGAAGUAAAACAAGCAACGGGCGCACGUGGAAACUUCCCCAGCCGUGAUGAAUUAGAAGUAGAUGAUUAUAUGGAGCGUUACUAUACGAAAGACGAAGUUUUAAGUAUCGUCCGAGAUACUGUAGGUGGCGAUAGUAUGACGAUAACGAUAAAUAAGUUUUUUGAAAAAAAAAAUUAUUCAAAUAAUAUAAACUUUGAAGAAUUAUGUCGUGUCUUUCGACAUUUAGAUGAGCGAUCUAGUCAUGUUGUCAAAACGGAUCUGUUAAAACGCACGUUUCCUGUUUUGGAGGAAGCUGAUAUCAUUGGCCACAUUGUUAAGAAUUUAAUUUUUUGAUUGUAUUAUUAACUGUUAUUAAAUUAAUGCAUGUAUAGACUUUGUAGUAUGUCACAUACAAAAAUGUUGUCUUGGUUGAUUA